AUGAGACCUAAAGAAUCAGAUAUGUAUAAAAGAAUUAAGAUUUUGGGUUAAAGAUCUUUGGAAAAGCAAAUCUAUUUGAAUAUUUAAAAGGCAAUUCUCUUUGUGUAUGAGUAAGAGAAAAUAGUAUUUAGAAUUGAAAGAAAAUUUAGGAAACUUGUUAAGAGUUUAGAAUAAUGGCUUAAUUAAAGUAUUCAAAUAAUAUAAACUUUAAAGAAAUGUAUAAAACUGUAAAAGGAGAGUUAUAUUUAGUAAUGAAUAAUUAAGGUUUAGAUUAAAUUAUUGAAGAAGGUACAAAAAUAAUGAAUUAAGGAGUCCUAAGUUUUCCUAAAAUAUUCAUCAAAAACUAAUAAAAAUAUACAAGGUUUAUCUAAUUAGACUAGAAUCAAAAAAAAAAUAAGGAUAAAAAUCAGAAGAAGUAACUAAAGAACCAGUUUAUUAAGUUCAUGAUUAAACAAAAUUGUAGGAAUAAUUCUUUAAAAAAUUAAGAGAAAGAAAAGCAUCUUAAGAAAUAAAAAAACUUAUUUAUAAUUAGUAACAUAAUAAGGUCAAUAAUAAUAAUUAGGCGAAAUUGUGGAAACUGCAGAAUAAAAAUUUUUAGAUAAAAAAACUGCUCUGAAAGAUUUAUAAAAUUUAAAGAAUAAUAAUAAAUUUAACAAAAAGUUGAAACUGCUGCAUUUGAUUUCCAACCAUAACUAUAAUUUUAAGUAUUUGACGUUACUUAAAAAAAACCUAUAAAAUAAAAUAAGCCAUCCAAUUCAUAAAGAGAUGAAGAAAAAAAAUUAAAAAAAAUUAUAAAAUAAUAUAUAAGAAUCCCCUUUAUAAAAAAACCUUAAAUAAUACAAAAAAGAAACAGUGAAAAUGAUAUGUAAGAGAUGAUAAAUGAAUUUAAAAUUGUGCUUGUAAAAAUUCUAAUUAUCAAUUUCUUAGUAAGAAUAAUCUAAAAAUGUUGAAAAGCUUCCAUAUCAAGAUUAAAAUGAUUCAGAAGACUCCAAGAUUUAUUUAGAAGAUUCAAGUGAAGAUUUUGGAGAAAACUCAGAUA